GAGAGGCAACAGGAGCGGAGCUGAGGAGAGAGAGAGAGAGAGAGAGAGAGAGAGAGAGAGAGGGGACGCUCUAAGCUACAUGCAACAGCACAUCGCAGACACAUGGAGAGCAAGAUGCUGAGCGCAGCCGUGCUGUGCGUGUGUGCGUUAGCCUGCAGUAAGGCUCUCGGGGCAGUGGACAGAUCAGACAGCGGCAAUUUUCUGGAUGAUAAAUGGCUCUCUGGACACUGGGACAAAUUCAGAGACGAGGUGGAGGAACCAGGAGCAUGGAAUCCUGGGAAACCUUUUGAUCAAGUUCUGGACCCCAAAAAAGAUCCAUGCCUAAAGAUGAAAUGCAGUCGCCACAAAGUCUGUGUUGCCCAUGACUACCACACAGCAAGCUGUAUUAGCCAAAGGAGGAUGACUCAAAGCAUGAAAGAAGUUGGCCUAGGUGAGAAGCCAGGAUCUAGGCGAUCAAAAUGUAAGCAGUGCCCAGUUGUCCAUCCUUCUCCUGUCUGUGGAACUGAUGGUCAUACUUACUCAGUUAAGUGUAAACUGGAAUAUCAGUCAUGCAUUUCGGGAAAAAAGAUAUCAGUGAAGUGUAAUGGGAGGUGUCCAUGUCAUUCUUAUAAACCCAAGCUUAAAGAAGAAAAGAGAAUUUGCAGUGACCUGGAGCACAAAGAAGUGGUUAGCAGGCUGCGUGACUGGUUCAAGGUACUACAUGAACAUGGAAACCAGAACAAAAAAACAAGAAACAUGCACACUCCAGAACGAAGCAGGUUUGACACAAGUAUCCUCCCUAUUUGCAAGGAUUCUCUCGGCUGGACUUUUAACAGACUAGACACAAACUAUGACCUUCUUCUAGAUCAGUCUGAGCUUGGAAGCCUGUAUCUCGACAAAAAUGAUCACUGCACUAAAUCAUUCUUCAAUACUUGUGACACAUACAGAGAUGGCUUGAUUUCCAACAAUGAAUGGUGUUACUGCUUCCAAAGGCAACAAGAUCCUCCCUGCCAAACAGAGCUCACCAGUAUACAGAAAAAGCAAGCCGGAAGGAAGCUCUUAGGAUUAUACAUCCCAUCCUGUGAUGAAGAUGGUUACUAUAAACCAAACCAGUGUCAUGGAAGCACAGGACAGUGCUGGUGUGUAGACAGAUAUGGAAAUGAGAUUACAGGAUCCAGACGAAACGGAGCAUCAGACUGUGGAGUUGAGCUUGAGACCUCUGGUGACUUUAGCAGCGGAGAUUUCCAUGAACUCUCAGAUGAUGAAGACGGUGAGGAUGACUUCAUAAAUGAGGAAGAUGAAAUUGAUGAUGAUGAUGAUGAAGAUGAAGGUGACGAUGAAGAGGAUGAUGGCGGAUACAUAUCAUAGUUCCCUGUCACCAUAAACUAUUUGAAUUGCACGUUUCUAAGCUGAAGUCCCUGGCAAGUCACUUAACGUGUUAUCAGCCCAAGGAUUUUGCGGAGUGUGUAUAUUUUGUAUAGCUAAAUCUUCAGACAUUACCAGCAAAGGCACUGAAGCUUUUUUUUCCUUGUAAAAAUACAUUAGAAAUGUGGUCGUGGUUUUGAAAUUAUUAAAACAAAAUGGCAAGACGACAAGUUUAGAUGGGGGCCAUUUAACAGGAGAAUUGGCAAAAAACAUAAACUUCACGUGAUGAACGUCACGUUAUGACUGAAAAAUUCUGGAAAUAUAGCAAAAAUGUUACGUGCCGUUGUUUCCUUUAAUUCCUUUGACUUCCUUUCUCUAGGGGAAUUGUUCAUAUUUUUAGUAGCUUUACCAACAACAGCAGGAUAACGUUUAAGCUUAUAUGACAUCAUUCUUCUUUCUGAAUUUAUCACAUAAAACCGGAUGGGUGAGCAGCCAUAUUGGGAGGAUUAACAGUGUGUGAAGUCUUUUAAUUUGGUGUGUUCAGUCUCUAAAACAGGGUAUAUGGUGUAAUCGAAAGAGUAUUAAGACAUAGAGAGGCUUCCUUUAUUUUAGUUAUUGAACCAAACCUUGACCUAACGUAGCUUUUUAUAGCCAAUCAUUUCUAACUAUUCAAAUGGAUUAUUAUUGUAUGCCGCAUGGUGCAGGUCAUUUUUCCAACAUAUACUGUAUAUCUAUUUUGUUUUGUUUAUUGCUUGUGUUAUUUUAAAAUUUCCAUGUAUUUGCAUUAUAUGUAUUAUGAUAUCUUGUAGAUAAGCAAAUAUAUACAGCUCUUUUAAAAAUGUCAAUACUUAUUGAAAACAUUUCUUACCAUGAAUCCUAAAAUUUAAAAAGCAAACUUUGCUGGUCCAACUUUCACAGUCACUAUUGCACAUAUAUGCACAUAUAUGGUAUAUAAAUCUCAAUAUUCUGUAUAUGUGGCUGAGUGUAUGUGUGUGAGGCCAUUUUGUAUUAAACAGAAAUGACCUUAUUUAUUAUUAGUUUAUAAACUGAGGCUGUAUUGUAAGGUGCCUUUAAGAUAUAGAUAUAGAACAUUUUUGGCAUGCCUAAGAAAGUUAAACUUUAGAUUACAGUUAAGUACAUACCCUGUCAAAAAUUAUUAUAUUGUCAAAUGUCAUGAAAAUAUGAUUUUUUAAAUUUUAUUACUUAUGAUUAUGUUGCUAAACCUCUUUAUUUUUUUGCAGUGACCUUGAGUUUAAUAGUAUGAAAUCCAAUUCUUUCUUCUAGAAAAAGAGCAUAGUAAUGGAUUGAAUACAGAUGUGUCUGUCUUUAUAUUGACAAACAUGUUUAGAUUUACUCGGCUUCAGGCAACUUGAUUGAUGCUGCCCUCCAAUACAAACAUAUUUUAUUUCUUAAAUAAUGUUUCCAGUUUAUUUCAGUAAUACAAAUUAUGUUUCACGGUUAGAAAGCAACAAUAUAUAUUUUUUUUUACUGUUCAUGUAUAAUUUGCAAAAAUAAAGAUUGGUAGCCAACUGUUA